GGCCUGGCGCCGCCCGCCCGCCCGGGCCGGGGGCUCGCGCCGCCCGGCUGCUGGCCGCGGCCUCUCCCUCCCCAGCCGCGCUUACAUCCCCGCCGGGCGCCGGCCUCCCUGCGCCGCCAGCCAGUACAUGGUGUCCCCCGCGGGAGCCGAGGCCGGGGCGGCCGGACGGGGGGCCGGGAGGGGGGGGCGCCGCCGCCGCGGCUGCCGGGCCCGGAGCUGCCGCCGCCGCUGCUGCUGCUGCUGCUGCUGCCCGGGAGGCGGCUGGCGGCGGAGGCUCGGCUCCCAGUAGCCGCACAUCCCACAAUACACCGCUAAGGAGCCCGACCCGAGCGCUCACCCUCCUCCUCUUCCUCCUCCUCCUCCUCUUCCUCCUCCCCUCUCCUUCCUCGCCGCUUCCCCAGGCACUCUCCCGGCGGCGGCAGCUGCGCCGCCAAAGCCCCGGGCCCCAGCGGCCCCCCACCCCUCACUCGCGCGCUCCCACACUGCCUCCCCCUCCCGGGGGGGAAGGCCUUUUAAUUUAUUUAUUCUGCUGGGACUGAGGUGGGGGGCUUGGCUGGCGGGGGAGGGGGUCUCCCCUGGCUCUACCUCCCAAGACUGGGGCUACCCUCCGAGCCGCGGCCGCCACGGCGUGCGCCUCGGGCCUCCCAAACUGUUUCCAAACUGCCAAGACUGGAGGUGGGCGCGUGGGGACACGGGGAGAGGAGCCGAGUUUGGGGGAGGCGAUUGUGUGUUUAGACGCUGGGAGCCGUGGGGAAGGCAGACGUCGACCUAAGGCGAGUUGCAAUCGAGGUAUCUCCGCUCCGGCUUCCUCUUCGGCCCGGCGACCCCCUCCCCCCGGAGCUGAGCUGGGGAAGGGAAACCAGGAUUUUAACCACAUUAGCAUUCACGUUCCUGGGAGGAUGCAGCCCUCGCCUGGACCUGAGUGAUAGAAGCUAUUUUCUCUGUUUUUAUUUUUGGAGGGGAGCGCCCUGUAAUUGUCCUGAACACAUGCUUCUCCCCCCCCCCCACUGGCUCCAGCCACCAACGAAAGAGAGUCCCCCUUUUUUGCAUUUAUCUUUUCCUUCCCCUUUCUUUAUUAAAGGUCCGGGAGUGGCGGUGACCAAUCAGAGCGCGGCUUCCAUUUUACACCAAGGAGAGGCCAACAGAUGAGGGGAGCCAUUUUUCUGCAAUGGAAUUAAAUGGCCAAGCUAAAGGACUCACUAUUGGAAGAAUGAAGAAGACCUUUUAAAAAGAUCUGGAUUUUUCCUUAUGACUUGGAAUCCAUCUUUGUCUUGUAUAACUAGGUCAUAGCACACCAUUAAUGUCAGCAGUUAACAGUUUUGAAUUCCAAAAAACCUAAGUAAAUGACAUAUUUAAUUUUUUUCCUCUUUUUUUCUUGGGUGGGUGGGGGAGUUUGGAGCUGUCUUAAUCUGUAUUCUCUUUGAACAAUAAAUUUUUAAAUAUAGUUUCCUCUAUUAAACACUUAAACCUGGCCAUCUUAUUAACUCCUUCUCUCUUUUUAACAAGGUAAUGUUUUAAAUGUCUAGUUUUAGGACUAGCGAAAUGGCAGCUACCAAAAAAAAUUGUGAGCAGUUGUUACUGUUUUAAAUUUUUAAAAACCUUUUACAUUGUAAGUACCCAAUCCAUUCUGUCCUUACGCAGUGCAGUUUUCAUGUUAAUGUUGGCUGAGAUGUCCUUUAAUUUUGCGAACCUUCAUCUGCAUGUAUGUCUUUGUCUCUCUUGUCUAAUAGAAGCCAGUUAAAAUGCUUUUAGACGAUUUUGCUUUUAUAAAGCUAAGGUUUUUGGCUUCAAGCUUUUGAAAAUGUUUACAGCAAUAAAUGCUAGUCAGCUUUCUUCCCAGUAACUUGUACACUUUCUUUGAAAAUCGAUCUAUUUGAAGAAAAAAAGCUCUUGUUUUUCUCGUCUUGGUGGUGGUGGGGGGGGCGGUUAGCGAGAGAAAGGAAGACCUUCUCUUUGUGUAGAAAGACUAAAGCCGUCACAGGAAACUAGAUUAAAACUGGAAAACAAGUCCUAGCUGGCUCGAGCCAAACACCAACGUUAACUCGGUGGUAUUUUCUAUGGUGGUUGGGAUGGCUGUUGCGCCUUUUGCCUUUUGUUUGAUUUGACUGUGUGUUUUCGCCUUUUGUCUCUUAAUGACGAUCACACCAUUGCUAUAUCCAGAGCAGUAAACAGUCCUCAGCGAAGCCGACUUUUUGCCAACCCAACUCUGGAAAGUGCAGACGUGGAAGGAAGCAGAAAGUGCCAUGAGAGUAUACCUUACAAAAAGGUAACAACAACAAAAAAAGACAAUACCAUAAACCCAAAUUUUCCCAACUAAACAAUCAAAAAAAUAUUUUUUAUAAUAAUGUCUCCAAAACCACCGCCCAGCUUCAUCUUCUAGACUCCAUGGCAUCUGGUUGAGCGGGUAAGUAAAAAAAAAAAAAAAGAAAGAAAGAAAAAAAAAAGUGCCUUUUGCCCCUUCGAGGAAAUGCUUUAGUGAGCAGGCCAAGGGCUGCAAAUGUUUGGGAGCUGAGGGGAGAAGGUUUCUGGAACUUUGUGUUUGGCAGCCAGAGCGGAGAGCGGGGACGAGGAGGGUUCUUAAGACCCCUUUGCCUCUUCGGCCCCAGAGGCCAGAAGAGGGUCUCCCCAGCGACGCUCCGGCAUCCUUGGAGCCGCCUGCGCUCGCCCCGCUAGCUCUCCCAGGUUUGAGCCCUGGUGGGGAGAAGGCAUCGAAGUGCUUUGGAGACAGGGUCUCAAAAAUCGGGGGAAGCUCCCCGCCCGCUCGACGGCCUCCUUCCCUCUUAAUUGGGGGGGUUUGCACCCCGAAGCCGGCUUUUCGGGGCUCCAGGGCGCGCCUGCGCUUCCAAGGCGAGAAAGGACAAAAGGCCGGCGUCCAUGUUGGCACCAUGACGCAGCAUCUCUCCCGCCUGCAGCCGGGCGCUGCCUGUCCUCCCGGCCGCGCUCGCUCCUCCCUCCCAAACACGAGUUUUAUUUUCAGGUUUCGAGCAGAGCCGCGGGCUGGGCCGGGCUGCGGCUGGGGCUGCGGGCGGGCCCGGCCGGCAGGGCUGCGCUGGCUAAUGGCGGCCGCUCUCCUCUUCCGUCCUCCCCCUGCUUCCCCGCUUGUCAGGCGCCCGGAGCCGGCGGCGGGCUCGCGGCCGGCCCGGGCCCGAGAGCCGGCAGUGCACGGCGCCGAGGGCGCGGGCCCGGGACGCCGGGCCCUUUUCGGGGGCCGCGGGCCUCGGGGGCGUCGCGCGCGGCGACUCCCGCGCUCGCCUCCUCCGGGCGCGGCGGCCAGGCGGGCGCCAUUUCGCGCGCCGCCUGCGGCUCGGGCGGUGGCGGCCGCCGAGCGCCAGGCUGGAGGAGGGGAGGAGAGGUCUGGCGAGCCGCCGCCCGCGUUCCAGGCCGCCGGGGGCGGGGACCCGGCUCUCCGCAGCGGCCCGGGACUUGGAGGCCCACGCGGGCACGAGGAGGCCUAGCUACCUGGCCGGCUGCCGCGGCUCUUCCUCCCUCGCGCGCGGGAGCCAGUAGCAAAGGGCCACGGAGCCGGCCCGGGCGCGGAAGCCUCCCCGUGGCCCAGCCCUGACCCCCGGACACCCCCUGCCGCCCACCCGAGCUGGGCGUCAGGGCCCUGCCUCGCAGUCGUCCUUUGAUAGCCGAGCCAGAGGGGCGGGUCUCCCCUUUUGUCCCCACUUGGGGCAUCAGGCCCUUGCAGUGGCCGCGGACGCCCCAUUUGGCCGUCCUGGGCACACCCCUCCGACCCAGCUCUCCAGGCUGGAGGUGGGGGUUGGGGCCUGGGAAAGCCGAGUGGGCCUCCCCGGGAUCCCCCCAGCGCCUGGGCUCUAGGGCCCUGGGAAUUCUUCCCUUAGGUUCUUGGCCGGAGAAGGGGUCAUGUUUUGGUACCCCCCAGGGAGAACAAUCCUGGACAGCAGGAGCAAGCCUAGUGUGACUGACAGUCCUCCCAUUAAGGUAGGUGAGAGCCCUUUCCCAGGCUGUGAGGGCGAUUUGGGGGGCUUUGGCAUGAGGCCCAGGGAGGGUGAGUUGGGAUCCCCAAACCCGCUGGGCUGGUUCUGCAGCCCCUCCCCCACACAGAUGCCUCGGCUGUGUGUGUGAAAUGGGCGGCCUGCUGGGUCCAUCCAGCCCCGCCUGUCAGCUUCUGUUGUCAGGCAUUUGGGGCGUGCAGCUCUGCCGAAUUUAGCAGCUAACUAGAGGCUGCCCUUGCAAGUAUUUCCCAGUUGUGUUUUUGUGGUGGGGGGAGGGCCCUGGCUGCUGCCUGGAAGCCCAGCAGUGCUGCAGUCCCCUCUUCUGGCCCCCAGUAAGGGGUGACAGUAUGUGCCACCUCUGCUCUCUGGGUGCUAGGGAGGCGAAGAACUGACAGACGUGAGAUCUGGGCCAGCUUUCCUAGAGGUUUCCUUGACUUCCCGCCCUUUCCAGAGUAUCCUCCUGGCUCCCCAAAGGAGCAGGCAUAUGUAACCCGGUUUCUAGAAUUGGACAGUGUGGAACUUUACCAACCAUUUACCAGCUGUGACCUGCAGGGUCUCCGAUCCCCAUUUUCCCCACCACCAGACUGGAUCAAGGAUUCUCAAACUUGAGCAGGCACCAAAAUCCCGAAGGAGACUUAAAACCGACUGUCCCUGGUCCUUGGAUUUCUGGUUCAGAUGGAGCAUGAGAAUUUGCACUUCUAACGAGUUCCCUGCUGAUGCCAUGUAUUGAGACCCUCUGUGCUAGGCAACACCUGGGGCGUUGAGGUGCCACGUGCACAGCAGUUGUUCAGUGGGUGCAGCUGACCUCGGUUGCCUGCCCUCCUCGCCAUCCAGGAAGCUGUCCGGCUGGAGAUGGUGUGCUCCUUGAUCCCUGGCCCCUGCUCCCAGGUGAGCUCUAGUUUGUGACUCUGACAAACCAAUUGGGUCCAGGUGCCUCCUCUCUUGACCCCCCUGGCUUCAGGAGCAGCCCUGGCCUCACCCCAGUGUAAGGGCUAAACUGGCUUGGGGGAGCCUACAGGGUUUGUUGGAGGCCUCUUGGUGCUUAAUCAAAGGAGACUCUAAGCAGCUGUGGGUUGGAAUCUGGAUGGUGCUGGUGACCUUGGGCGAGCGUCUCCCCUGUGAAAUGACAGUAAUGAUGCAUGCUGAAAAGGGCGGUGGGAGGAUUAAGUGCGAUUAAGGGGGCCGUCCUCCCCAGCCAGCUUCACACUACUCGGCCCUCCAUUGUGAUCUGGGUUGUUGCUGGGAGUGGCUGCAGGGUGGGGGCUGGGCCAUCUCCAGCGCUCCUCCCCUGCCAGCCCACCUCCCGGAGCACGUGGGGAAGCCUCCAGGCAGAGUGGAAAAUGCCUUCCCUAGGCAGGCAGCUUGCUGGUCUCUGCUGUAGACCGGGCUGCUGAUAGCAGCCUGUGAUAGGAAUGAUUUGGGGUAACCCACCAAUGGCCCGGGAGAAGUGACUGGCCUACGGUUGGGAGGCCACUACUGGCUCAGCCUCCAUGGGGUUCCAGGUGUCUUGACUCCCAGCCAGUGCUUGAGCCCAUGGCACCCCGUCGCCCCAGCUGUCUGGGUUAUUUUGGGCUCCCUCUGGUGCCAGCUGUCUGCUGGCAUUACUGCCCAAGAGCUGUCUGGUUGGAAGUAGCCAGCAUGGUGCUGUUUGCUCCUCCUGGCAAGGGUCAGCUGGGUCUCCAGUCCCAGAUGAGCUGGCCUUGGUCCCUCUCCUUUGCUGGGUGUGGGGCUCCACCUCCUCCCCCAGCCCGAAUGAAGGGAGAGGGUGAAAGUGUUUUGUGAAGUUGAUGUGGUUCAGCUUAUGCCCAUGCCUGAGUCAGUUAAAUGAUAACCUCAGUGAGCACCCUCAGUCCACCUGGUCAUUCAUCCCUUUGGACAGAACCCUUAUCCCCGGGGUCUUUACCUCUGCCUGAUUCAGAUGCCUGAAUGAUUUGUAUCUUCCCCUCCCAACUGGUCUACAGCCAGUGCUUCCACCCCUGCCCUUGGACCCUUAGGAAGCAAUUAGGUGCUAAAUUAUGGUCUGGAUGUGAUUCUUGGAAGGUAGAAAUGUCCCAGAGCAACGUGGAAGGAUUGUGCCUCUCCCUGCUUUCGACUUUCCUGUACCUCCCUCCCUCUUUCUCCUUUCUUUGUCCCCACCUCCCUUCUCCUGGGACUUGGAGGGGCGGGGCAAUCUGGCCUCCGCUGUUCUGGCCGGGAGACGGGUGCUCCGCCCACCGGUCACCCAGCAAGCUAGGGGCGGGUCUGCUCCUGGCAUGCGGAGAGAAAGCCACGCCAGCGGAAGGAUUGCUAGGGCUGGGAGGUGGCUGGACUAACCUUACUACUGAGAGGCCAGUGUUCCGCCUCUUCCGGCCCUGCACCAGGAGCCCUGGUGCUGAAUAUGACCUUUCAGACCCUCGGUGUGGAGACCGAAGGCAUCCAGCUGCUGGGCUGGGGAGAGGGACAUCCCAUCUUAUCCGAUCUCUGGACCCCAAUGCUUUUUCCAGCCUUUUUGACCACCCUUUAAGUUCCUGCCUACGUGAACUGGAAGGGGAAGUUGAAGGAUAUAACCUUCUGAGUUCUUUCUAAAUUUUUUUUAAAGAGAGGGAUCUCACUUUGUUAUCCAGACUGGCCUCAAACUCCUGGCUAAGUGAUCCUCUGCCUCAGCCUCCCAAGUAGCAGGGACCACAGGUACAUACCAUCCUGGCUUCUGAGGGGAGCAUUUUAUACUCCAGAAGUGACCUCCCCUGCUCCCCAAUGCUUAUAGGCUGCUGAGGUCUAGAGGGAGUCCUCUGGCCACGUGGAUAGACAGCCUGGUACUCCCAGGUACCCUGGCUUAGUCACCUGCCUUCUCUGGACCCUCAGGGAGCAGCUUAAAGCUCCUGUCUCUGGGCGGGGGGUGCUGGGGUCUUUAUCUUCCACUGAGAUCAGUGCUGUCAACCUUGGGGGUUAAAUAAUUGAUGGUGCCUCAGAAUACCCAGGGAAGCGGGUGCCCCAUCCUACCCUGGACUGGCUGGAUCUUGCCCUGAAAGACCACAGUGGAUCAAUGCCCCCCCACACCCCUACUCAGUUUCCCUGUUGGCUUCACUAUGGCAGAGGUCUCCUUGUGACCACAGAGGCCACCUGGUAUCUCCCUGGGACUUCUGUGUCCCCCAGCUCUUGCAGCAAGAACCAGCCUAAAGACUUGUUUCCCUUCUAAAACUCUCCAGGAAUUCCUGGUGAAUAGGAGAUUGACACGGGUCUGGGUCCUGAGAACAUCUUGCAGGUGAGGCAGCAAGCCUCCUGGGUGAGUGUGCCUGGCUUCACAGCUGGCCUAGCCUGGCCAGUCUCCCCUUAGGAAGCUCUGAGCAGCUGGCUGGGCUCCUGGGUAUUUUUAGCUACAUAUCCAGCCCCACCAUUACCAUGAGUCCCGGGUCCAAAUCAAACACGCUCCAGACUGGAUGGGGCUGGGGCUCUGCCAGCCUUCUGACCAGGCAGGGGUGGGUGGGUAGGCAGUCUGGGGCCUGUGGCAGCUGUUCUCCCUGGGUCCGGGCAGGGAACACUGGUGUUUGCUCCUUUCCUCCCUUGAGUUGUGUGCAGGCUUGCUCUGUCACAGAGAUCGUGGCCACAUUUCUAGGAUGAAGAGUGGAGACCAUGGAUACUGAGGUCUGAGGAUUUUGAGGAAUGUCAGGAGCCCUCCCAUGGUGUGUGGUAAACCAGGUUUCAUGAGCCUAAGGGAAUUCUCAGAUCCCUUGCCAGUAGGCGGUGUCCCUCUCUUCCUGGCCCCAUCUUUCAGUGAGCUUCAGGGUCCUGGGUGCAGCACCAGGCCCGAGAUAGCCAGAGGUGCGAAGCCUGGGGUCCCUGCAAAGGUAAGUGGUCCCUCUUCCCCUGCGCAACCUUAGGGUGCCAACUGAGAGAUGGCCCCAGCUCCAGCCCUUCCUCACCAGCACACCAUGGCUCCUUCCUGGUCGCCCUGGGAUAGCUCUGGCCUACUUGUGGUUGGACUCCUCCCUUGCUUAGGAGCCUCCUUCCAAUACCCACCUUGAGCCUGGCAGUCAGGCCCUCCAGGUUGAACCCCUGUUACCUGGACACCUAUGUCCUAGUGGUCUUGCUUCCCAGCCACUGCAGAACCAGAAACUUUCCUAGUUAUAGUACAUUUGCCCAGUCAGGGCAUCUGGUAUACCAUCCAACACUGUCCAGCUUAGUUCAGAUGCCAGCCACCUCAGCCAUCCCUGGGCCCUUGGUUGUGCUCUCUAAAUUGUUCACACCUCCCAAACCCCAUUGACUGCUUCCCCCAAGACUGAGCUCUUGGGGAGGCAGGAACACAAUUGCCUCUCAAUAAACAUGUUGCAAAAAAGGAACGGAUGAGUUGCUGUAAAUUUGUCUAGGGAGUCCUUGACCCAGAAGAUGCUUCUCUACCCUGUGUCAGGAAGGGUUUUCCACCUAACACCCUGGGUGGGUGCUGGCCCGCCCUCCCUGGCUCUGGCUGUUGUCUUGGUUUCCACAAGCAGUUGCUGCUGCCCUCUGGUGGUCAGAACUUGCCUAGCACCUGCUGGAACCAAACUAGCACUUAUGGAGCACCUAGGUUGGCAAGUUACCAUUUACCUCCACGGAGUGAGAUUUACUUGACUUUCCUUGAGAACUAGAAAAUUAAGAGUCUUCUAGGCGUGGCGAGGGGCAAGAACAUCCUGAGUUCUGCCAGCUUAUCCUUGAAGAAACCAUGUCAUUUGCCACACACACCCCAGUGAUGCUGCUCAGAGUUUUAUUAGACAUGAGCUUUACCUACCCCAGCAGGGAGGACCACACUCAUUCGACCGUGCCCCAGUACUACUAAGGAUAGCUUCCACGGGUCCCUUUGCCAUCUCUGACCAGGCCUCGCUUGAGUUGGGGAAGUCAGCUCACGGUAACACGAAGGGAUGGCCACAAGUGAUCUCAGCCAGCUAUCCUGAUAGUACCUGCAUGUAAGCUCUUGACCAACAGUGGUUUUGAUCAGGGGAUGGGAGGGGUCCUGGGGUGAUGAAUGUGAGGCUUCUUGGCCAGAACAUUUCAUUACCUUUCUUGUGGGACCUCGUCCAAGUAGGUCUCCCUUGGCUUGCCCCUUCCCGAACCACGAUGUCUUGCUUUAGCUCCUGCGGGAAGGAGGCGAUUGUCCACGAGUUUGGGUACUAACCCUCGAAAGCCAUUCACCUGCGGCCUGCUCCAAAACCUCGCCCAAAAGAGGGCGCCACACCUCCCUGUAAGACCUAGGGAUGUGGAGGGAGUUGGAUCACUACUGUUCCCCACUGCUAACCUGCAAACGCACCAAGGUCCCUUGAGGGUCAGAGCCAUCCUAGGUGAGCAGACAUGAUCCCUGUGCCAGUAGCCUACCGGGCACCACCGUAGCUACAUCCUAUGGGGAAACAGGCCAGAGGCCAACUUGAGCCAUGCUACAUAGCCGGAGCUGGGGCAAAGCUGGGGACUUACCCCAGAGCUUGAAACCGGGACUCCCAGAACCGGUGCUAGGGAUACAACGCUCCAAUCAAUAAGUUCCUGGCCGAGGGGGGCGGCGAGAUGGCCAAUCAGAGGGUCCUCGCCAGAAAGGCGGAGCCUGCCAAUCAGGGGUGCGGAUUGUGGAGCGGCGGAAAGGAUCUGGCCUUGCCCGCGGGGACCACGCUGUGAUGCGCUGGGGUGGGAGUGGGAACUGCGAGCCGGCGAGCACCCCGUUUCUCAGCUACCUCAGUUUCCCUGGGAUUUGGAAGUGACCCAGGGCCAGGACCACGACAGAAAGGAAACGAGCAGAAGGUGGGCUUGGGAGGCUGCCUGGCGGAGGUGGCGUCGGCUCGGGGGCGGGGCCUCCUUGGCUCCGCCCUGCAGCCCCACCCCCGCAGCGGCAGCUCAGCCUGGUUUGCCGGGCGCGCAGCCUCUAGUGCUGCUGGCUCCGGGCUAUGGACACCCCCGGGGCCGGGGCUCCGGCCGCCACCGCGGCUCCGCGCCCGGGCAAGAAGGAGCUGAAGAUCGUAAUCGUAGGUGACGGCGGCUGCGGUAAGACGUCGCUGCUCAUGGUGUACAGCCAGGGCUCCUUUCCCGAGCAGUACGCCCCGUCGGUGUUUGAGAAGUACACGGCCAGCGUGACGGUGGGCAACAAGGAGGUGACCCUGAACCUCUACGACACGGCCGGGCAGGAAGACUACGAUCGGCUGCGGCCCCUCUCCUACCAGAACACCCACCUUGUGCUCAUCUGCUAUGAUGUCAUGAACCCCACCAGCUAUGACAAUGUCCUCAUCAAGUGGUUCCCUGAGGUCACACAUUUCUGUCGAGGGACCCCCAUGGUGCUCAUCGGCUGCAAGACAGACCUGAGGAAGGACAAGGAGCAGCUGCGGAAGCUCCGGGCAGCCCAGCUGGAGCCCAUCACCUACACACAGGGGCUGAACGCCUGUGAGCAGAUCCGAGCCGCGCGCUACCUGGAGUGUUCCGCCAAGUUCCGGGAGAACGUGGAAGACGUCUUUAGAGAAGCAGCCAAGGUGGCCCUCAGUGCUCUGAAGAAAGCCCAGCGGCAGAAGCAGCACCGGCUCUGCUUGCUGCUGUGACCAGCGCAGUGGCCCUCAGGAUGGGACUAGCAGGCCGGGACCCAGGCCUAAGAGACCCCUAGGAUUCUGCCCUGCCCCAGCCCUGCAGCAUGUGGGACCUCAGGCUGCACUCUCAGAACAUUCUGGAACUCUCUCCUUUCCUGUGAACUCACCUUCAGGCUCACAUUGAGUGUAGGGGUGAAUGAGGGAGCUGGUUACAUGUCCCUCUACCCUGGAACCAGCUUUUGUUCCCAAGACUCAGGAGGGCCCUGUCACGGUCUCCCCCAUAUGCGUCCCCUUUGCACACCCAAUUCAUGCUUUACUUAGGACUUCACGCGGGUAAGCGUGGAUCUGGCACCACGCCACAUGGGUGCCCCAAGCCCGCUGCACCCAUGUCGCCCGCCUCCCUGGCCUCCCAAGAUAGGCAUGGCUGCAUCCUCCACCUCUUCCUUCUUUCCCCCAGGACUUGGGGGCCAUCACAGGACCAGGGCUAUCAAGAGAGCACAGACCACAGCCCUGGAAGUGAGACUGGCACUAGACCCUCCCUCCUCGUCUUCUGUCCCACACAGCGGAACUCAGCCUUUAGAUUGGGCACCAUCACAUGUGCCCAGGGGGAGAAGAAACAAUCUCUCAAAAGGCCAGAUGCCCUGGGCCACCCCCUGACCCCUGCUCCAGGUCUUACCUCUGGACCACACUCGCACCCCAUUAGGGGCUCGGCAUGGAAGGUGCCCGGGAGACCUCCGUUCUCCCCGGGACUGUUUCCCAUCUGCAGGAGGCCAGGAUCCGGCCACUUAAAUAGACUUCCCACAUGCCCCUCACAGCCUCUGCUUGUGUCAGGGUGUGGAGCUCAGAACUGCCCAUCCUGGUCCCCUUCGAGAACUGACAUGAUCAAACCCCCUGCCCACACAGGCCCACAGACUGCCUGUGUCCCUGCCAGCCAUCUGCCUAAGUCCUGAACCUUCCAGAAGGUCUGAGUUUGGGGGUCCAGGACUUUGCAAACAAGUUCUGCAGUGGCUCUAAUGCUUGAGACAGAGCUGCGCGGUCGUGAGUGGACCUGAGUCAGUGUUCCCGAGGUGGUACCAGGAUUUUGGCUGGCAUCUGCUCUGCCCAGUACUGCCUGCCUCAAUCCCUUCCAGGGAAGUCAGGGUGCCAGUGAAGGAGACUUCUGAAAACCACCCCAGUAGGUACCCAAGGCCCUGCUGUCCCUGGGGAGUCACCCAAAGACCUCUCGCUCUCUCAGAAUCCAAGGCCUUAUGGACACAUGAUGGUUUAGGGUGGAGGUCAGCAAACUGGCCUACAGGCCAUAUCUGGCGACUACCUAUUUUUAUAAAUAAAAGUUUUAUUGGCACAGCCAUACCACUUGCGUACACGCU